CUCGAGGGAGAGAUGGGUUGGGGGGCUUGGAGUUGUGCUGUGAGUCUCGGUGCAGUUGCGGCCGUCGGGUCUGUCGUGUGGAUAGGCCUUCUAGUGAGGUUACACGUCCUCCGGCAUGAGUUCGAGAUUGCAGCGAGAUCACCCCAGUUGGUGAUAUUGACCGGGUUCACCUGCUACCUGUUGUCUCUAUCAGUCGUCGUGCAAUGGAUGCUCCUGUGCGUGGGGACGAACAUACCUUGCUGGGUUGUAAUCUGGGUAUCAUACGCCGUGUUUGCACUAGGCAUCAUACCGUACUUCAUUCGAGUCGUGCGCUUGGUGGUCGCGUACAACCAGUCGUACCGAGCCAAGUUCGCCCGGUUUGUUAAGUGGACGCCAAUGAUGCGCAUCUGGGCAGGCGCGACCAUUGGUCUCGUUCUCCGAGCAGUAUUUUUCUUCGGCAGCAAGCCAGUUCACUUCUCAAGCAACGCACACGAGUGCUUCUACUUCGACGACAUCCUUCUGAUGACGGGAGCCUGCGCGUUCACCGGGGUACCGAUACUUCUUAUCGCCCGGAGUCUCAUACACGUGUUCGACGCGUUUAGGAUCCGUCAGGAGAUGGAGCGGGCGAUCGGAAUUUGCAUGUCCCUUUCAAUGGUGAUCGUCCUCCUGCAGGUGCUGGUGUAUUUCGAGGUUCUGGCUGACUCGUCUGAACUGCAUUUCGCGGUGGAAGCCAUGGCAUUUCUGUUCGGGAUUCAGGUGUUCACUCACGGGCUAAUGGUACCGUUGUUAGCACACUACAAGGAGUACGGGUGGGUCAAGCCUUCCGUGCUACCUGUCGAGGACGAAACAUCGAGCAACGAGGACGUAGACGGCGUGUACGCGCUCGCGGUCAAGGGCGGGGACAUGGCCGACCGCUUCGGGCGCUUCGUUCAAGAGAACCUGUGCAUGGAGAGCUGGGACUUCAUCUUGGACGCCGUGAAAUACGAGAUGGAAUCAUCGUGCGAGCCAGACGACCAGUUCGACGAAUUCCUCAUCCUCUUGAACCAGUACCUGCUGCCGACCUCACCCGAUGAGGUCAACAUCUCCAGCAAGAUGAGCAAGCGAAUGGCGUCCUUCAAAACAAGAGAAGCCUUUACCCAGCUGGAACAAGAGGAACGGCGAGGCAUCCUGAAGGAACCUCUCGACGAGAUUGUCCGAAUGCUUGAGCAAAACUUGCUCAAUAAGUUCCAAAGUCGCAUUGCCUUGGAAAGAGAGGCCAAGCGAGAAGCCCAGCAGGCCGAAGCGAAGGGCGACCCGGCACUGAUGGCACUCAUGAAAGUGUCUCAAACCGUGCCACGAAGCAAGCCUUCCAGCCAGCCUACGAAUCACCGAGCAGCAAGUCCGUUGUCAUCGACGGGAGUCGUUUCAUCAUCGUCGCGGUACCAUUUGGGAUGAAACAGGAAGGGUGUGGGCAAUGAUUCGAUGGCGUCAACGAACAGAAAAGCAGCCACCCGGUUAUCGGUUGCUGCAAUGAAAGCUAUUUGGUCGAGUGAUUCAUUCGUGGUUCGACGCACGCUUCAGCGCAGACACUGUGGAGUCUGCAGCAUGCUGGGCCCUGAGUAGAACCCCGUUCUGUUUCUUCAGACGAGUUGGAUCCACCCAAUGCCUUAUUUCAUGUUUUGCCGACGCUUAUCGCUGUAGAAGAGAAAUGGAGAGGAGGACAUUGACCUUUGGUAAUGUACGCCGCUGGCGGAAGGACGCGUGCUGAUGGAAAUGCAACAAUAGCCUUGAAGGAGAAAUGUCUAGGAAGAAAAUGUAGUUGCUGCGUAGGGCGUAUGGUCUCUUUACUGUGUUUCCAGGUACGAUUUUUUUCUUACUCAUGUGAAGGGAUAGGAUGUUGCUGACGGAAUCAAAAGCACAUUGUGAUCCGGCGCAUGGACCCAUGCGGUUUAAGAUAUUAUGUUCUCAACUCUUUGUCAUCGAUCGAUGUCUUUGAAGUUCAAUCAUGACGCACUGUUUUUUGUGUGCUGGAUGUGCACGGUGCCCCUCCAGUGUAUUCGUUCUACACAGCACAGCGUUGGUAAACUUAAAUGUUGCGUUGGCUUUGGUUUGUGGAAGAUGUGCCACGCAGACAGUGGGUGUAUCAGGUUUAAUGGACGGUGCUAGGUGGAGGCACACCUCUCUGUAGGCUAGAGUCAUGUGUUGUGGAAGCUUGAGAGAUACCACAGUCAAGUGUAGCUCAUGUUCGGUUUCGUUCCAAAGUCUAGACUAGUGCUCUUAAUAGUAUCUCCGCUCUUCUUCUGGCCUUGAUGAGUUAUUCUGAGGCUUUCAUAGGAGAGACAAACAUGGUUCACGGGGGGUAGACACGCGUCCGUCUGCACUGUAGAGGGCAGUGCAGCGGGUAUAGACAUUGCAAACCACCGGCAGAACUGAUAGGGAGCGAGUCCAGAACGUUGAUGGACUUCUAUUGUGGACGGGAUGCCUCGGAAAAACUCCAAAACAUUGGUCUUGCGGCUAAGUUUGUUGUGUGUAGGUAGAACUGGCAAAGUAUAUUGAGUG